AUGGUCAAAGUCGCUGUUUUGGGCGCCUCAGGGCAGAUUGGACAACCCUUGAGUCUCCUACUCAAAUCGUCACUCCUUGUGACAGAUCUGAGACUUUACGAUGUUGUUCACGCCGUCGGCGUAGCUACAGACCUCAACCACAUUGAUACUCCUUCAGUCGUCAAAGGUUAUCUCCCCGAGAAUGAUGGUCUUCAAAAGGCCCUUGCCGGAGCGGAAGUCGUACUGAUCUCUGCCGGCAUUGCGCGAAAGCCGGGCAUGACUCGAGAUGAUUUGUUCAAGACCAAUGCCGGCAUCAUUGCCGACUUGGCUGCUGGAGUUGCCCAGUUCUGUCCUAAGGCAUUGGUUGCAAUUAUUACCAAUCCAGUCAACAGCACUGUCCCCAUUGCCGCCGAAGUGUUAAAGAAGCACGGAGUUUUCGACCCCAAGCGCUUGUUCGGCGUCACGACACUGGAUGUUGUGCGCGGAUCCAAGUUUGUUGCUGAUGUGCUUGGAAAUAUCAGCCCACAGGAUCUCAAGGUACCUGUUGUUGGCGGACAUUCGGGAGCAACAAUCUUGCCGUUGAUUAGCCAAUCCCAGCCCUCAGUAAAGCUAAGUCAAGAGCAAAUCGAGGCUAUCACAAACAGAGUUCAAUUCGGCGGUGACGAGAUUGUGAAAGCCAAGGCCGGUGCUGGGUCUGCGACUACAUGCAUGGCGUACGCUGGUUUCCGCUUUGCUCUAGCCAUUAUCAAGGCCUCUCAAGGCCAAAGUGGUAUUAUAGAGCCUGCCUAUGUCUACCUCCCUGGGUUGCAAGGAGGCGAGGCUGUAGCCGGCGAGCUCGGAGUGAGCUACUUUGCUGUCCCAGUGACAUUCGGGCCUGAAGGUGCCGAGACCGCGCAUCCCAUUGGAUCUUUGUCUGAUUAUGAAAAGGGUCUUUUGAAGGUGGCUGUUGAUGAACUGGGAGGAAACAUCAAGAAGGGGGAGGCCUUCACGCAGGCGUAA